AUGCUCAGAAUAGCUUUAACUCGAUCAAGUAGGGCGAUGAGCAUCGCUUCGCCAUCCUCAGUACCAGAUAACGAGGCAUCAGUUCGAAAGAUUGGAAAGGCUCUUGAGACAUAUUUGAAAAACAGUCAGCAACAUGUGGCGAUGAUGGAAAAACACAGAGCAGAAUUUGAGACUGGAAGGCGUCAUCUCGCGAAAAUGAUGAGCUUGGAUAUUCAUGAACUUGACCAAGAAGCGAUUGACAGAGCUAUCCAAUAUCUAUUCCCAUCUGGACUCACUGACCCAAAAGCACGUCCAGUAAUGCGACCGCCGGAUGAGGUUCUUCCCAAGUUUCAAAGAUUCACGUUUGACGAAGAAGGAAAACCAGAAGGCACCCGAUUCUUCACUCUAAACCCAAAAAUAUAUGGACUCAUGUCGGAAAUCGGAGUGAAAACACAAUCAGUGAUGAAGUUUUACGACGAGCAUGUUGGCAGCCGUUCAGUGAACAAGAAUGAUUUAGAGCCAGCGAAUCUUAGCGGUUCGCAAUGGAUCACAGCUGAUAAGAUGAAGAAGAAGCUUUCUGAAAAAUUCUCGAACGAGUUAUACGCCCAGGUCAUCAUUGCUUUGCAACAUCUCGCAUCGCUUCCUGGAUCAGCCAUCGAGCAAAAGUUUUUGUCUGAAUUCAGAGAGCCAAUGACAGCUUCUACCGGCUCGAAGUUGUUCGGUCCAGCAAUUCCAGAAGUGCAAGUUUGCGCAGAAACGAAUAGAAGAUUCGCGGAAGUGACAACACAUUGCAAAGAUACAAGAGCAACUGUCAGAGUGAUUGAUGCGGGUAAAGGGAAAUUUGAUAUUGAUGGUCUACAACUGCACGAUUUCAGACAUUUGCAAGCCAGAGAAAUUCUUCUCGCCCCAAUGAUCAUCAGUCAGACACUUGGAAGAUUCGACGUGGAAGCAACAACAUCUUGCAUCUCAAACAGCCUUCCUGAAGCUCCUAAUAGAGAUCCAUUGAAGAGAAGCGGUGGAAUGAGUGCUUUGCCGAGAGCUGUUCGGCAUGGGACUGCUCUCUGUGUCGCUGCGUUGAAUCCAGAGUCAACUGAACCACUACGACUUUCCGGAUUGCUGACAUUAGAUCCACGUAAAAACGAAAGGAGCAAAGUCAAUCAACCGGGUGCUCGUGCUAAAUGGAUCUGGAAACGUCGUUAA